AUGAAUUUGUCAUCACAGCAGGCCAUUCAAGCUUUGAAGGCUGGCGAAGCCAGAGCCCAAGAACUAAAUGAGCCAUCAAGCCUGGCCAUCGUCGAUGCAGGCGGUAACCUGAUUGCUUUUCUGCGUACCGAAAACGCAACGUUCGGUACAGCGGAGAUCGCGAUUAACAAGGCCUACACUUCCAGCGCAUUCAAAGUCCGCACAGCAGAUCUUUACGCAGACGCUCAACCAGGUGGCGAGAUUUACGGAUUGCAGAACACCGCUGCGCGCCCAUUUGUCGUAUUUGGUGGCGGUGUCCCGGUAUUCGUCAAUGGUCAGCUGAUCUGUUCAGUUGGUGUAUCUGGCGGCCCCGUAUCUGCUGAUGUUCAGAUUUCGGACGCAAUGGCGAUUUCAAUCAGCUCGUCGUUC